AUGCCUGAUUCUCCGAAGCCAAGGCUUCCUCCCAUUUCCACCUCGAAGUCUGCAACUUUUCCCUCUGAACUUCAUCAGAGUCCUGUGCUACUCUCUGACAGACCAGACUUUAUCAAACAGGAGGAUGCACUUCUGAAAACCCCAAUCACCCCGCCUGUGGCCUAUAUAGACUUUCUGAAGUCAGUUACCCCCGUACUGGCUAGCCCCAUGAAGACUGCCUCCCCUGUGUUUUCUGAAACGAGCUCUGGAUAUUCUUCACCAACCUCUCAGCCUUCGACCGCAAGCAGCACGCGCUCCUGUACUUGCGAUAUCCAUAAGCCGCAUAAAUUGCCAGCCAUAUCUAUCCCUCCACCAUCCCCAUUUGCGCAUCCAAGAUCAGCAAGGACUCCCAAAUCCCUGCACGCUCAGCGAAUACCAGCAUCCCCCGCAACCGCGCGCUCACCGAUGAGCGCAUCGUCUCCCAAAAGCGCUACAUGCAUGUCAGCGCGGUCUCAGUCCCAAUUCUCUCCAUCAGACUGGUGCGUUUCUCCAGGUGCUAGGUUUUUCGAUCCUCCUCGAAGUUCAUCGGGACGACCUGUUUGCGUUCGACAUGUCGUCACGCGAACCGUGACUUACAAGCGCACCCCUCUAGAGCCAGCUCCAAAGGGCAAACGAAGAAAAACCGAGCAAUGA